AUGUCAGUAAAGAUGAUGAUUGGAAAAUUGGUUAUUCUCAUCUUGAUAUUUAUUUGUUUGGGAAGUUUGGUUCAUGUCAAUUCCGAGACGAAUGAUAAUUUAGCAGUUUAUUUGUUGGGAUUGGCAGAUCAAUCAGUUCUUGCUGGACAAGUCAGAGAUGCCAAUAAUUAUUAUAGAAAGGCUGCUGAUUUAUGUUCAACAAGUAGUUUGGCUAUGGCUGUGGCCACACAUGCUGAUGCAUCUGCAAUGGAAGUGAUGAAUUUAAAUUCAUAUUUGGAAUCAAUUAAUUAUGCCUAUUUGAGCGCUAUUAAAUUGGCUGAUUCUACACCAUUGAGUUUGGCUGUGGCUACCAACGCUGAUGCUACUGGAAGCAAGGAUGGAAAUCCACUCCUCUAUCAAUAUGUUGUGUUGAAAUCUUUUGAAAAAUCAAUUUAUUUGGCAGAUUCAACUUCCAUGGCUAUGGCAGUGGCCACAACAGCAGAUGCCAUGUCCACCAAGAAUGGAAAUCCAAACAUUUUAUACCAAACUGUUGAGAAUGCCUAUUUGAGGGCCUUGGAGUUGAGUGAUAUGACUGCUUUAUCACUUUCUGUUGCUGCCAACGCCAAUGGAGUUGGAAUUAAAAACUCAAAUCCAAGUCAAUAUGAUCAUGUCAUUGAAAUGUCUCUUGAGAAAGCAAUCAAGCAAAGUCAGGUAAUAUCUGAAAUCAAACAAGUUAUUUAUGAUGCUUCAAUGUAUGGAAGAUUCCCAUCUAUUAUUUCCAAGGCAAUGACCAAGUUGAGAGAAUUAUCUCAAUAAAUUUGUGUUUGGAAAUUUUAC